AUGCCUACCAGGUUAACAAAGACCCGCAAGCACCGCGGCCACGUCUCCGCCGGUCAUGGUCGUGUCGGCAAGCACAGGAAGCAUCCAGGUGGUCGUGGUAUGGCCGGUGGUCAGCACCACCACCGUACCAAUCUCGACAAAUACCACCCGGGUUACUUCGGUAAAGUGGGUAUGAGGUACUUCCACAAGAUGCAGAACGGCUUCUGGAAGCCCGUCAUCAACCUCGAUAAGCUCUGGUCGCUCGUACCCGUCGAGCAGCGUGAAAAGUACCUCGCCAACAAGGGCUCCUCCGAUACCGCACCCGUCCUCGACCUACUCCCUCUCGGCUACAGCAAAGUGCUCGGCAAGGGGCGGGUACCGGAGAUUCCACUCAUUGUUCGCGCACGCUACUUCAGCAAAGACGCCGAGCGCAAGAUUAAAGAGGCCGGCGGCAUCGUCCAGCUAGUCGCAUAA